GAUUGCCUGAGGAAGACGCUCCUUGAUUUGAUGCUGCUACACCAAAGAAGUGAAGCUGCACGCGAGGCCUGCCACUACACGCAGAAGCUGGCUGCAUUGAAGCAACAGCCCCAGUUGACUCCAAAGGCUCAGCUUCGCGUGCAAAGAAACGAACAAAAGCUCUCCAAGGCUCUCGCCAACUUUUAUGAAAAGGAAAAAGUAUGUUUAUCUGUCUCUGCCGACUUUGCUUUUUCUCUGUCUCCUUUUGCAUUUCCUCUCUGCCGUUCUUUAGAACAAAUUAAAGUAAUUCAUUUUACUAAACCAAUUAAUAAAGACCUAUGCAUAAGCCAAGGGGAUGUUGCACCUCCUUUUUCUUUUUCUGCUUCCUCUUAUGAAGCAGCAGCAGCAGCAGCAGCAGAAGCAGCAGACGCAGCAGCAGCAGCAGCAGCACAACCAUACGGAGGGGCCCCAGUCUGGCAUUUGGCUCGGAGCGAUAGUGAUUUCAGCAGCGACACUGCAGCAGCAGCAGCAGCAGCAGAAACAGCAGCAGCAGCAGACGCAGCAGCAGCAGACGCAACAGCAGCAGCAGCAGACGCAACAGCAGCAGCAGCAGCAACAGGCUCCCCUAGGGCCUUUGGGGGGCCCCCAGAUUCUAAUGAGGGGCCCCUGCUGGUGCCCUUGGAGUCGCUGCCCCCAACAGCGCAGCUGCUGCCGCAGCAGCAGCUGCUGCAGCAGCAGCAGCAACUGCAGCAGCAUCAGUUGCUACUGCAGCAAGCACGACGGCAGCAAGGGUCCCCAACAAGAACUUUCGUUCGGGCUUGCUCUUCUCCUGAGAUGCAGCAGCUGCAGCAGCUGCAGCAGCAACUGCAGCAACAGCAGCAGCGCCUACAGCAACAGCAGCAGCAGCUGCAGCAGCAGCAACAACAGCAGCAGCAGCAGCAGCAGAUGCUGCAGCAGAUGGGCAGCAGGAAGACCGUUGAUUUGUCUCCUUCUACUUCGCGUUUAAGCCGAGCUGCAUCUCGCUUGAUCUCAGCCAUUAAAAGCAAGAUGCCGCAGCAGCAGCAGCAGCAGCAACAGCAACAGCAGCAGCAGCAGCAGCAGCAGGGCAGCAGCUUACGCAGCCGUUCUCUCUCCCUGCUGCACCGCAAACCCUCAGAUGAUUCAAUAAUCUUUUCUUCUGAAUCUCGCUGCAGCAAAUACGGAGGGGCCCCUCAAUCCGAUGCUUCAGGGGCCCCCAGCCCUUUCUUCUCUAAACCUUCGCUUCAUCAAACCCAAUAUAAUAACACCCCACAAGGAGGGGCCCCUACAAAGUCCCUUUCAGGGGGGCCCCCAGGGGCCCCCAUGGGGGCCCUUUUAGGGGGCCCCCAAGGGGGCCCCUCAGGGUCUCCUAUGGGGGCCCUUUCAGGGGGGGGCCCCUCAGGGUCUCCUAGGGGGGCCCCUAAGGGGGCCCUUUCAGGGGGGGGCCCCUCAGGGUCUCCCACGGGGGCCCCUAUGGGGGCCCUUUCAGGGGGCCCCCAAGGGGGCCCCUCAGGGUCCCCUAAAGGGGCCCUUUUACGGAGUCUUUCGGGGGCCCCUUUAAUGGGUACCUCAGAGCCCCCUCAAGGGGGCCCCUCCGGGGCCCCUUUAAAAGGCCCUGUGGGGGCCCCUCCAGGGGGCCCCUUGGGGGCCCCUGUAAAGGGCUCCGUGGGGACCCCUCAAGGGGGCCCCUUUGGGGCCCCUCUAAAGGGCCCCGUGGGGGCCCCUCCAGGGGGCCCCUUGGGGGGCCCUGUAAAGGGCUCCGUGGGGGCCCCUCUAGGGGACCCUUUUGGGGCCCCUCUAGGGGGCCCCGUGGGGGCCCCCAUGAGGUUUUCUAAUUCAGUGGGGGGGGCCCCUAUAGGGUCCUUUUCAGGGGGCCCCUCGGGGGCCCCCAUGAGGACCCUUUCGGGGGGCCCCACGGGGGCCCCCACAAGUACGUUUUUAGGGGGAGGGGCCCCCAUGAAGACCCUUUCGGGGGGCCCCUUGGGGCCCCCCUUGAGAAGUCUUUCAGGGAGCCCCUCUCCGAGAAACAUAGCAGCAACAGCAGCUGCAGCAGGAGCAGCAGCAGCAGCAGCAGAUUCAAUUGAGGAGAGGCAGUGGAGUAAAGGGAAUACCCACGAGAAGCCCGCUGGCAGCCAGUCAGCAGCAGCAGCAGCAGCAGCAGCAGCAGCAGCAGGACAGGGGAGACAUCCUUCUUUCUGCUUUUCGGAGCCUCUGCAGCAGCAGCAGCAGCAGCAGCAGCAGCAGAGGGAUAUGAAGGGGGGCCCUCGUUUCUCUUCUGCUGGCAGCAGCAAACGCUGGGGGCCCCCUACCCGCAAUGAUAGACCCUUAGAGGCCCCCCACCCUAAAGACAUCUGGGGGCCCCCCAAAAUGUAG